AUGAUUUGUGCCAAGCUGCUCACGCAGGCGGCCCGUCUGGCCCUGCGCGACGAGCUGGGGGCAAAUCAGAGCGCCCUCAUGCAUAAAAUUCCCAAGGUCGAGCUGCACGUUCAUAUAGAAGGCACCCUGACGCCCGAACUGAGGUGGCGGCUCGCUCAGAGACGUGGCGUCAAGGCGCGGUUCGGACACGACGAUAUCAAGAUCGAUACGCUUCAGGAUUUGCGGACAGCCUAUGACAAUAUCAUUUCCAGCGCGCAGCUCUGUGCGGGGCUGCCGUCAGAGCACCUCGUCACCUUUUUCCAGGCCUACUACAGCGGCUUCGAGUUUCUCACAACGCGCCAGGACUUUUACGAUCUUGCCAUGGACUGGUUCCGCCGGGCCGCGGCCAUGAAUGUGCGCUACUGUGAGCCGUUCUUUGACCCUCAGGGCCACACGAGCCGAGGGGUGACCUGGGAGGAUAUGAUGGGGGGCUUUCGAGAUGCCCAACGCACUGCAGCGUCAGAACUCAAUAUCCAAUCCAGGUGGAUAAUGUGCUUCCUCCGAGAUCAGCCUCCAGAAGACGCCAUAAAGCACUACAAGGCCGCCCUGGAAUACAGGGACAUGAUUGUCGGCAUUGGUCUGGACUCUAACGAGCGCGACCGUCCGCCGUGUCUCUUCGAAGAGGUCUUUGCACUCGCGCGCAGGGAUGGCUUCAAACUCACCGCCCACUGCGACGUCGGUGUCAAGGAUACGCACACGCAUAUUCGGCAGGUGGCCUCGACGCUGGCUGGCGGCUGCGGCCUCGAUCGCAUGGACCACGGAUUGAAUGUGGCGGACAAGACCGAUUUGACGGCGCUGGUGGCGCAGCGGGACAUGUCGAUGACGAUUUGUCCGUGGGCGUACCUACGCCGCGAGACGUACGACAGUAUUGCCGAACGCAUCCGGGUGCUCGUCGACGCCGGCAUUCGUGUAUCAAUAGCGAGCGACAGUCCAGCUUAUACGGACCAGAGCUGGGUCACGCACAACUUGCUUCUGACGCAGCGCAUGUGCGGCUUCACGGAUCGGGACAUGGUCAAGCUGGUCAAGAACGGCGUGGACGCCUCCUGGGCAGAGCCUAAUGUCAAGGAGGCCAUUCUGCUAGAAAUUGACGCCGUGCAGGAUUCCUGA